UAAAGAAUUCAAUCAUCUUACAACUAAAUUACAAACUCAUUCUUUUCACUCCUUUUCUUAUUGAGUUUAAACCGAAAUACGAAGACAACCUCCCAUAUAUAUAAAUACCCUCUCAGCAAGCCAAUCAGAACAUUUACUCCAAUAUUAUCUAUACCGAAACAAUGGGUAAGUUCGCCCAGUUAUUUUCUAUCCCAUCCCAUCCCAUCCUGUCUAUCCGACCUCACUCUAUCCUAUCCCAUCCCAUCCUGUCUAUCCGACCUCACUCUAUCCUAUCCCAUCCUAUCCCAUCCCAUCCUGUCUAUCCGACCUCACUCUAUCCUAUCCCAUCCCAUCCUGUCUAUCCGACCUCACUCUAUCCUAUCCCAUCCCAUCCCAUCCCAUCCCAAACCCAACAAAUCAAACUAACCCAACAACCAAUUAGUAUCCACCUCAGACAGCCUAACCAUCAUAUUCGGCUGCUUAUCCCUCCUCUUAACUUACAUCACCGCCGCAUAUUUCAAUGGUCGUACUCCCAGCAUCUACAGUACGUAUCAUUCAUGUAACCGUGGCAAUAUCCCAAUCCAACCCUUGCAAUCCAAGCAUCUCAAACUUUCAAACAUCCAAACCUCAUAAACUAACUUCAAACCCCCGAACUUAAAGUAGACAUCGAGCAAAACCCGCACAUGGACCAUAACGCACGGGAAGAUAUGAUGAUGGAAGAGAUUCAUUUACGACGCUGGCGUUCAUUACGUGAAUGACGCAGACACGACGGAAAGUGUCAGACAAAGCUUCUUGGAUCAGGGAGCAUCUUUAGAGGCUAGGGUUAGAAUGAUGUUUUCCGGAAGGAAUGAGAGAUGUGAGAGAUUGAAUGAGAGGGAUGGGAUGAAGCCGUACACUUGCCGAACUUCAACUUGGACAUUUUUCCAAAGAGCAGAAACAAGGCAACUACUCGAAUUAGAUAAGAGAAU